AUGGCCGCCAGCAAGAAAUUUCCUAGGCAGAUGGGUGAAAUCAUCCGGAAAAUCGCCCGGGUUGACAUCAAGUGGAGCGUCCUGGAACGGGUCUCUGUUUUCCGCCAGUUUUUCGAGUUCUUGUGGGAUAGGAUUCUCGCCUGUUCUAUUGGUAAGCCGCCCUCCAAAUACCGCCGCAUAACUCGUGCUGGGAAGAAUACUUCGCCUUCUACUUCUUCUUCUUCUUCUUCUUCCACUUCGUCUUCGCCGCCCCAAGCCGGCGGCCCCGACUACGACUACGACGCUGUGCCUUUCGUCGAGGCGUGCACGACGAGUGGAACCGGCGAGCUCAACUCUUCCAACUCGGAUUUGGUACCGCUGAAGAUCAGCUUGCUGGGUGAUUGUCAAAUCGGAAAAACUAGCUUCGUGAUCAAGUAUGUUGGGGACGAACAGGUGAAGAAGAGCCUGGAAAUGGCAGGGUUGAAUUUGAUGGACAAGACAUUGUUUGUUCAAGAUGCCAGGAUUUCAUUCAGCAUAUGGGAUGUUGGAGGUGAUAGCCGGUCGUUUGAUCAAGUCCCCAUUGCCUGUAAAGAUGCAGUUGCAAUUCUUUUCAUGUUUGAUCUCACCAGCAGAUGCACACUCGACAGCGUUGCUGGAUGGUAUUCUGAAGCCAGGAAAUGGAACCAGACGGCUAUUCCCAUCCUGAUCGGGACCAAGUUUGAUGAUUUCGUCCGCCUACCUCCAAAUCUACAGUGGACUAUUGCAACACAGGCAAGGGCGUAUGCACGAGCGAUGAAGGCGGCGCUCUUCUUUUCGAGUGCGAAACACAACAUAAACGUGAACAAGAUCUUCAAGUUCAUCGCGGCGAAGGUCUUUAACUUGCCAUGGACGCUUGACAGGAACCUCACCAUUGGGGAGCCCAUUAUUGACUUCUGA